CCUUUCUGGACACUACUACUGUGAGCUCAUAACGCACCGAAUCUGGGGAACGAAAAAAAAAGGAUAAAGAAAAAGAAAAAGAAUAAAAAAAAGAAGAACUUUCCCGUCUUCAGUACCAUCUCUGAAGCCCACUCAAGAGCCAUCCAUCCCAAUCCAACCCAUCACUCAUCAUGGUGGCCUCCGGUCAUGUCGAGCCCGACGGAGUGAUUGCGAUCGUAAUAUCCUUGACACUCUUGGCAUGCGUAUUCGUAGGACUCAAACUAUACGCGAGAUUGGGAAUGGCUCGGAUUGCUGGAAUGGAUGAUUUGUGCGUUGGGAUUUCCAUGUUCUUCGCACUGGGAACGACCGUCACUAUGGUCAUUCAAGCAAAAACUGGUAUGGGUCGCCAUACAAAAGACAUUGAUCCCAAUGACAUUCAGGAAAACUUGAUUGCGUUCUGGAUCUCCACGUGGAUCUACAACCUCUCUCUGACUUUUACCAAAUUCUCCAUUCUCUUUCAAUAUCUUCGCCUGUUCCCGCAACGAUGGUUUCGCCGUGCCACGUGGGGUUUGAUGGCUUUUAUCGCCGUGUAUGGAGUCUAUGUGCUCUGUACAGGUAUUUGGCUCUGUCGACCGGCGGCCUUUUUCUGGGAUUCUACGAUCAAAGGCGGCAAGUGCCUGGAUCGCUUUACUAUCUGGUUUAUCAACGCUGGCAUGAACAUGGCUACAGACAUUGCCACGACUAUCUUUCCCCUGCCUGUGCUCAACAAGCUGGAGCUACCAAAACGUCAAAAGUAUGCGCUGAUGUUCGUCUUCACCCUCGGCUUGAUGACUUGUAUCCUCUCCAUUCUGCGUCUCCAGAGCCUAUACGUGAUCGCAAAUGCCGAAGACGUCAGCUGGCAUAAUCCUUUGGCCGCCAUAUGGUCAAGCGCCGAGAUGAACACGGCGAUUAUCGCUUCGUGUCUACCGACGAUCCGAUUGCUCGUGCCUCGACUUCUCAAAGCCACCUCUCUAGGAGGUAGCCGAUCUCAUCCGACGUCGACAGACAGAAGCUGGGGUAGAUCAGCUUCUGGAGGAGGCAGUAGAUCUGCUUUCUCCAUGAGGAAAUUCUCUCGGCCGACAACCCGUGGCGGAACUUCUUUGAAAAAUCCCUACCAAUCGAUGGGCGAUAAUAGUACUACCGAGCAAUUGGGUGCUACCGAACUUGUAGAUAAGUCAAACAUUCAGGUGCGAGCUCAAGAGACGGACUUCGAGCGUGGACAGCACCUACCAGUUUCCAAUGGUGGAACCCGCGGAAGCAUUGAGCACGCGACGCAUCAUGCGGAGAGAAUCGGCAGAGAGAGUGUGGAGAGUACAAAAGAUUUGAAGAAGCCGGCAGAUUGUAUCUGAUAUGCUGCUGUCCUGAGGAGAUUGGCUUCAAGGUCAAGUGGCGUUCUUGGCUGCUCAAGUUCACGGGCUUGUGUAAGGUAUCAAUCCUGCGCCGGUGCUUACGCUGGCUUUGAACUUUUAGAUGUGUGCACACGACAACAAUGUGUAAUAUCACACACAUGGGCAACCAGUGUCUUUGUCCCAAGAGUCUGCACGAAAUGACCGACCCAGCCGACUGGGCAACGUCGAUAGGGUGAUCUGACUUCAAUGUGUUGACCGGGAUUUGACGCACCUGGAAGAUUCUUGGUGAGUGGUCGAGCUCUGUCUCCGUCAAGUGCCCUUUCGGACGAAUCUGGCGAGAGUGCCCAGUUCUUCCUGUGCUUUCCCUUGACUCGCUUCUUUUGCCUGCUUCCUUUGCCUUUCUCGCAACUCAAUGACUUUCAUCCUAUGCUCAUCGAUGAUUCCCUUGUUACCCUUCUUGCGGGCCAACUUCCUAAGAGAGCUAUUACGACCCCUGCCUCUUUUUGAGAGGUUUUCGAUACGCUCCUUCUCCGCCUCAGCGCCUGUUUUGCGAUCGAGAUCCUUCUCGCGUUGUCUUUGCUCAUGUGACGCACUAUCGAGAGUGCCAAUGGCAUUCGGAUCGAGUCCAAUCAUUUCUGGCUGCAGUUUAUUGAGCAGAGACUUGACUUCAGCUUCCUGUCGCUGCUUGGUAUUCUCGUACGGGUUCAGUUCGAGAGCGUCAAAGUUCGCUUCGCCUGCACCCGGGACAAUGAUGGACGAGAAUCCUUGGUCGUGUCCAAUUCCAAGAAUAUCUUCAAAGGGACACCAGCGAACUCUUUCGACCGCUUGGUUCUGUGCACCCCAAGCCAUGUACGGUGAUUGCACCUUGACCUGCUCCACAUCGGCAUGAUUCUUCGUGAACAGGCCCUUCCACACCGUGGCUUGCGUGCCCCAACCCACGGCUGUGAGGUCCCGAUCGCUGAUGGCCACACUGGAACCGGGAGUGCGCAGAAAAUACUCGUGCACUGGUUUGGUAUUACGCACGUCCCAGACCGACAUCUUUUUGUCGAGGCCAGUGCUGACCAUAUACUUUCCUUCGCGAUCAAUUGCGAUGGCUGAUACGGGACCGCGGUGUGCGAGCAUCGAGACCAACGGCGCAGUACUGUUAGGGGACCACAUGGUGACAGUACCAUUUUGGUGUCCAACAUUCAGAAUCGCGUUGUGUGGAUUCUGCGCAAAUGCAGUGGGCGUCUUCUGCUUGGUGCUCAUAUGCAUAACGAGCUUGCCCGUGCUCGUAUCUUGCCACUUCAGCCAGCCCGCUCUUCCAAUGGUGGCCAGCAGGUAGUGAUACGGCAAGAACUCCAUGUGUGUGACAUCGAUAUGCUGAUCCAGAUUGUGUAUCUCGACGCCGUGAUGAUCGUAGAUGUACACAUUCUUCUUCUGCGCGACAGCGAGGUACUGACUGUUGUGCAGAUACGUCACAGCGUGGACGGUCUCGCCCAGAUGGAGCUCGUAGUUGAGCUUGCCGCUUCUCCAGUCCAUGGACGCUACAUGGCCUUUGCGCCCAGCUAGAGCGAGUUCCUUGCCAUUACGUGAGUAUGUGAAGGUGUACGGACCCAGCUCAGUGAGUUUCAGCUCAAACCCUUUCUUCGCCGUCUCCACGCCGACAGCGCCACGAAUAUCAUCUUGACGCGCCUUGUACGUCCUCUCCAGCUCGUGCUCCGGUUCAAGGAAUCCCGAGUCGUUCUCGAGCAGGAUCUCGGCAGCCUUGGCCCUCAGCACAGCAUCCUUGAGCCGCUCCUCCUGGGCCCUGACCACUCCGCGCAGCUUUUUGUCCUUGAUGCCGCGCAGUUGUACUGCCUGGCCUCGUCCAUAUUGCUGGCUCGCUUCUUUCUGAAGCUUCUUUGCCGCAGCCUGCUCCGGCGUGAGCGGCGCCGUGGGCCCCGCCUUCUUGUUCGUCGUCGUCGGUGUCGUCGUCGUCACUGUCGUUGACUGCUGCCCCGCGCGGUUGUCGCGUCCUUCUCGUGGUGCCAUGAUUACGGAAAUU